AUGGUUGAUGAAAGCUCGUAUGGACCCUAUCUGCACAGGAGAUUCUAUGGCUUCAAGCGCAUCAGCAGAAGCGAUCUGCUGCAAGGAAAACUAGGAGAUGUCAGGCCAGGUGACAUUUUGACGAUUCACUGCGAGCUGGAAGUGAAAGACGGAGACGAUGGAAAAGAUGAAGAAGAUACCAAAGAAGGAUCAACUGUCUUCAUCCUGGAUGCCUUUAGUGCACCUUUUCUAGAGGGGUUUCAAUCCACCUUCGAGAACGGGAAAUUUUCCGACGUCACCUUGCGCGUCGGGGAAGAAAACUUCCAGUGCCACAAGGCGAUUCUGUCGACUCACUCCAAAGUGUUCGAGGCCAUGUUCGACAACGACAUGAAGGAGAGCCACGACGAAGCGGUGUACUUGGCAGACCUGGACGUGGACGUGGCGAAAGCGAUGCUGCUGUACAUGUACACGAGGCGUACCGAGGGUCUUCCGGAGCACAAAGUCCUGGACCUGUACGUCGCCGCUGACCGGUACAUGCUCCCGGAACUGAAGGAGAAAUGCCGCGAGUUCGUACUGAAGCAUCUGUCCGUCGAUAAUGUCUGCGAAGUUGCCGAAGUUGCAGAUUUGCAUUCGGAUGACAUUUUGGCUGAGAGUGUCGAACGAUUCAUCUCGUCCAACUUGAGAAAAGUCCUCGUCUCCGAGAAGUGGAACAUGCGUUUGUGUGAGAAACCGUAUUUGUACGCUAAAUUGCUGAGCGUGUCCGUUGUACGCCACGAUUGCGUUUGA